AUAAGUUGCAUAAAUUCGAAUGAAAAUAUUUAACUGCACGGUUUGAUUAUUCUUGUAUGUUAAUUAUAGUACAAGACGUACAGUUUUUCUCUUUAAAGUCAGUCAAAUAUUUUAUGGAGUCAUUUUAGUCUUCAUUUAGGACGCGUGUACUUCCGGGAAAUGGUGGUGGCUAAAGUCACGUCUGACAAUUGAUAUGCAAUUGAUUGACAUAACCUGAAAAUAUUUACAGUCAAUAGAGUCCUUGCUCAUCAAACUGAAUAAAAAUAAUGUCUAGUAAGCAUCAAAACAAACGCCUAAAAUGGAGUUUGGACGCCGUCAGAAAUCGAAGUUUAACAGAGGGCCUCGCUCCUCCUCCAGCUUACAGUCUCUCAGGCCCCGCAGUGAGCAGUGAAGUAUCGAAAAAAACGGACGUAAGUCGACUAAUAACGAAAAAGUCAUGGGAUUUGGCCUUGGCCCCUUUAAAACAAGUUCCGAUGAAUUUGUUCAUAAUGUACAUGGCUGGUAACUCAAUUUCAAUUUUUCCAAUAAUGAUGGUCGGCAUGUUGUUGAUGCGACCAAUUCAGGCGAUCUGGGCAACGAAAAGUACGUUCAAGAUGGUUGAAAAUACAAGUGCAGUGGGACAAAUAUUCGUGUACCUUCUGGGUAAUUUUAUUAAUAUUGGAUUGGCUCUGUAUAAGUGUCAGAGCAUGGGAUUACUGCCUACACAUUCCAGUGAUUGGCUGGCGUUUGUUGAACCUCCGGUGAGACUAGAGUAUUUAGGUGGUGGAGUCACACUAUUGUAAUGUAUUAGCAUAAUUUUAUUUAAAAUAAAUCACAUGAAUACUAAGUA